AUGUCGUUUCCAUUGUCACCUGAAGUCACACUCCUCAUCCUCUCUCACUUACCUUUUCCAUCUCUUUCCGCACUUGCGCGCACCUCACGCCUUUGGCACGCAUUCAUCGAAACCAACGAACUCGAGGUCUACCGCAAUGCUGCCAUUCGACACUUCGCCGUCCCGUCAUCCACUCCAUUCGACAAUGUCAAAACUACUUUCUCUCAGCGAGCCUUGGCCGGCUCAACUGAUUGGAAGUCGUUUUGCAAGGUUCAGCUCCCUAUACAACAAGCAUGGCUCGGUAAAUCCGCUUCAGACCUCACCUACCACGGGGCAGCGGGGGAAAACGUCUACAAGAUCAAAGUAGACGAGCGGAAGGGAUUCAUCGUCGUUACAACGAGUAUGAGGCAGCGAGAACUUCGAAUCACGGAUAUGAACACCGGCGAGUUGGUCUGGGCUUUGCCAGAGGGCUACGUAUCCGAGGCCGCCCACUGCGAGUAUCACGAAGGGUUCGUUGUUUUCAAUCGCGGAAGCGAUUUGGAGGUCUGGAAACUUGUUGAGCAAGACGGCGACGAACAUGUUCAUGCUGCAUCUUCACCUCCUGACGAGGCACAAUUUCGGGCGGCAGCAACAGCAAAUAGUACCUUUCCCAAACGUAAAUUCACGCCCUGGGCACUUCUGCAUCCACCACCCGACGCCACGGUCUCCGCUUUCGAUUUAGCCUACCCCACCAUUGUUGCUGGAUCGAGCACCGACAUGCACUUCUGGGAUGUUCCGUCUGGGUCUUUCCUCCAGACCAUCAACUUGGGGGCGGGCUCCGGCGAGCUCAGGUGUCUUGCGCUUAGUGCGGAUGGCAUCGCAUUUGUUUCCGACACACUUUCCCUGCGUGGAUUCUCUCUUGCAACAGGGCUUUGCGUUUUCGACAUCCCUUCCACACAAUAUUCAUACGGCGACAAUUCCUACACAUUUGAAGCGGACGAAAAUCAAACAGGGUGGCUUCCAGACGCGAUCCUGAAGCCACAACCUGUUUUACAUCGAUUAACGUCAGCAACUCCUGGACGACUGGUGGACCAAUUUUGGAGUGUGCGUCUGUCUGAAUGUGGCUCCCACUUGGUCGCUCUCUUGUCCAGCUCUCGGGUCAUCAUAGUCCCAUUCUAUCGUCGAGUAAUUGAUGGAGUCAAAUCCUUCCGAGAAAUUGCUCUAGAUAUUCAAGUUGGCUCCCCGCAGGGAAUCUCCAAGUACCUUGCUCUUGAGAGCAAUAGGAUUGGAGUCGCUACAGUACGAGGCAUAUACGUUCUCUCACUCGACUUCGAAUCGUGUCGCGACAACAUGAUUUACCCACCAACGAUAGUUACCACACGCGCAGCCUGCUUCAGUGCAUCUGUUGGACUGAAUAGUCUAACCUCUUUGCAACUGGGACCUACGGGCAUAUAUUUCAACUGGUUUACGUGGUCCAACCCUGGGUUCCAGUCGGUUUCAGCGCAGAAGCUGUUACCUGACGACGACAGGGAGGCGGCGUAUGUGAAGUCGCUGUCCGAUGAACGGAUAACCACCCGCGCAGAAAAUGGCGACGAGACCGUGGAGGUGUCUGGGUUUCAGCAUGUCACCUAUUCGUUGGCUGCAUAUAGCAUCAACCUGGCACCAGUAUUGGCCGACGACAUACAAGAAGCUGAUGAAGAACCUGAAAGCGAGGAGCAGUGA